UAUCCCUGCAUGGUUUCGAAUGCGCUCCCAGCACGCUUCAUAUCCUGGUCGACGCAGAUCCUCUAACGGUAGUUCAACCUCCAAGGAACCCUUGUUUGGCGGAUAGUCCGUCCCGUGUCAGGGCCGGGGUGUGAGGGGAGCAAAAAAUCGUGGGUGGGUUCCAGAUCCAGAACAUUCAGCCCCAUGCACACGACGCCUCAUUUCAUAAUCUCAACCCUCCAAGCUUCCUUCGGAAUCCCACGCAGGGAAAGGAAAAAAGGAGCAUACCAAUACAAUACCUCAGAAAGGAGACGACCAGUGAACUACCUAGUGCUUAGCUAAAACCCAGUCGAAAACUGCCGGCUAAACACAAGUGGUGACCAGUGACUAGAGCGAGCUGCAACGCUUAACGCAGACUCAGCAUUCCCGCAGCAGAUAGCAAGCUAUUAUUAUCCAUUUUGCUGGCCCUCUCAGCCCGAGCUCUUCUGGGUCGUUGCGGUGUUGUGACGGUGUUGAGACAGGGCUGAUCAUGCCAAGCCGCCAACUGCCCCCAGAAACCAAGCAAACCAAGCAAACCAAGCAAUCCCUAGUUUGUCACCGCUAACUAACUAACAGAAUACGGGCUUUCCUCCCCGGGGCUGGCCGAACCCGCGAUCUUGAUGAUUCCACUCCCGCCAUACUACUCCGUAUACUCUCCUCGUCCUCCGCCUUCCUCUGCCGCUUCUUCUUCCAUUCACCCCCUGUCUAAUCUUUCUCUCUCGCCGCUUUAGAACCGGCUUCUCACCUUCCCUCUGCCUACGAUCUUCCCUACUCGAACGACUCGGGCUGGCACCUGUGCCCGUCCUCCCACCUCAACGGGAUCGGCCCCGAGUCUCACUCCGGUCUGAGCAACACGGCACCCUUCGAGUCCCUAGACGAACAUAUACUGGCCGAUGCUUUUGAUCCUGCUGGCAAAACCUUGACCCUGUCUAUAUCCGCAAACCAACAUUAUACGCAUGACCGUGGUUCCGGAAUGGAGGACGAACGGGGCUCCACGAGCCCCAGAAGCUCUAGAGCCCAGGUGGUCCAGUUGCAAGAAGAUGCGACUGGACAGAAACAGAACCUCAACCAAGCUCCCAUGAAUACCAACGAUCUGAAUGCCAAACGUGAAGGCUCUGUAUCGGCCCGGGAACAUGGAGACACAGAGAACCCUCGGCCAUGGAGCGAACUAAAAACCAAGGCAGGGAAGGAGCGUAAGAGACUCCCACUUGCCUGCAUCGCCUGUCGAAGGAAGAAAAUUCGCUGUUCGGGAGAGAAACCUGCCUGCAAACACUGUUUCCGUUCUAGAAUCCCUUGUGUAUACAAAGUCACGACGCGUAAAGCCGCCCCUCGCACGGAUUACAUGGCCAUGUUGGAUAAACGGUUGAAGAGAAUGGAAGAAAGAGUUAUCAAAAUCAUACCCAAGGAUGAGCCCCGAGAUAUGGCCGCGAUUGGGCGAUCGGUCGUCAAGCCCCCUACUUCGGGUCAAAUUCCUCGUGGAUAUAGACUAGUUCACAAGAAGAGAUCUGCUGAUGAGGCUUUCCGCGCUGAGCUUAAUGAAUGGACGCAACCAAACAAAGGCACCGGUCCCGAUGGCUUUCCGAUUUGCUGGCAGUCACAAAUUAUGGAUGAGAAUAAGCUUUUCAACGAAGGCGCGGAGUUUCUUCCCUCAAUCGAGCUCCAGGAGCAUCUUGCGGAAGUCUUCUUCGACUGUGUGUAUGGGCAGUCUUAUCUAUUGCUACAUAAACCGAGCUUUAUGCGCAAGUUUAAAACAGGAACUGUUCCGCCUGUUCUGAUGCUGGCCAUCUGCGCUGUCUCUGCUCGCUUCUCAACACAUCCACUUGUCUGUACGGAGCCGGCUUUUUUGCGCGGAGAGAACUGGGCAAACCCCGCCGCAGCGAUUGCGCUCAGCAGACAUGAUGAACCAAACAUUACUAUACUCACCGUUUUUCUCAUCUUGGGGCUCCAUGAAUUUGGCACCUGCCAUGGUGGGCGGAGUUGGUCGUUCGGAGGUCAAGCGUUGAGAAUGGCUUAUGCUCUUCAGCUUCAUCGCGAACUCGAUCAUGAUCCUCAGCGCAGCAGCAAAGCGUCCGAACUUAGUUUUACCGAUCGCGAAAUCCGACGACGAACGAUGUGGGCGUGUAUAUUGAUGGAUCGGUAUAAUUCUUCUGGCAGCCAGAGGCCACCUAUUGGUAACGAGAAGUACUUACAAAUUCAACUCCCUAUCAAGGAGUCCCAUUUCCAAAUGGAGAUUCCUGGACCCACGGAGGAUCUGGAAGGAAGGGUUCUUAACCCGGUCCCCGAAGGUGUGGGCCAGCUGUCUAAUCCCAAAGACAAUAUGGGUGUAUCUGCAUAUACAAUUCGAGCCUUGAUGCUUUGGGGACGGGCGGUGGAUUACUUUAACCUUGGGGGUAGAAACAAGGAUCCUCACCCGCUCUGGUCACCAAAAUCAGGCUAUGCACAAUUGAAGAAACAACUAGAUGACUUCUCAGCUUCGCUUCCUAAUUGUUUAGCAUUCAAUCUCGAAAACCUGCGCAACCAUGGGGCAGGGAAAAUCGCAAACCAACUCCUCUUCCUACACAUAGUUAUUCACCAAAAUAUUCUCUUCUUAAAUCGGUUUGCCAUUCCCCUUUCUCCUGGAGGGAAACCCCCGAAAGAUAUACCUCGAGAAUUUCUUAGUGAUGCUGGCCGUGCCGCUGUCGAAGCCGCAAGCCACAUUUCUAUGUUAAUAAAUCAGGCACCGGGAUAUAAUCUGACUGUUCCUUUCGCUGGCUACUCUGCAUAUGCAGCCAGCUCAGUGCACAUCUGGGGGAUAUUUUCGAAGAACGCGAGACUUGAAGCAACGUCGAAAGAAAACCUUCGUCAUACUUACAGAUACCUAAACAAGAUGAAGCGGUAUUGGGGUAUGUUCCAUUAUAUGGUUGAGAGCACCAAGGAUCGAUACCGCCAGUUUGCGGAUGCUGCAAUCAAAGGAGUGCAGUUCAGCUCGUCGGAAGAAGAUGCUCCACUAUUCCAGUACGGCGACUGGUUCGACAAGUAUCCCCAUGGCGUCUCGCGACUGCAUUAUGAGGACCCGCCUUCUCGUCCCCAGCAGGAGCCUGGAGGAGAUGCUGUGAUGGCACAGCAAUCUGACCUUCAAAGCGUGGAAGAGUUCUUUGCAAGCCUUUCGCCGCCGUCACAUUCAGAUAACCCGCGCAAGGAACCAAAGCGACGAGCAGGCUCAAUCACGGAGCCACGACAACCACUUUUGAACUCCCUAAAUCCUAAUAAUCGAUACAUGUCACCUCAACAACAGCCACACCCGUCAUCACAACCGCCAUCACAACCGCCAUCGGAACCGCCACCACAACCUCCAGCUCAGCCUCAACCCCAGUCCCAACAGGUGCUUCAACAUCCCAUAAUGGAUGUACCCAUAAACCCCACGCGCCCCCCAGACUUCCACCUUAAUAGCCAAGCCAUGUUUCCACAAGCCCAAACGCCCAAUUUCUCCCCGUCAACCCACCUCUCCAUCAACCCGGACCAACUACCACUGCUCGAUCGCCAGCUCGUUUACAGCGCAUAUACCGGUCAUGAUCCGACUGUAGUCCCAUCAACAUCCACAUCGACAUCCAAUCCAUUAGCCGUAAACCAUCCAGUAAGAAUGAACCCAGCCCCAGGAGUGUCCAUGCAACAAGGACUCAAUGCGCCCUCCACCGCGACAUGGAACUCUCAAUUUGACGUCUCAGGCAACCCUGCAGCCUGGUUAAGCGAAUUCGUACAUCCAGGCGCUUGGUUUUUGCCCUUCAACCUGAACCCCAUCGGCCAAGGCCUAGCAGACAUGAAUGCUGCGCCAGCUACAAGUGGGGCACCAGGCCUUGGAACACCGCCCUUGGUGAAUACUCUGGGUACAUACUCAGCGCCCAAUGCAAUGAUGGGUGCAUACGAUCUUGGCCUCUGAAACUGCGGAUAAAAGAAAUCAGGAACACGGAAAAUGUAACAGCGCAAUUUCCGUGUACUGCUUUCCUUUUUUCUUCCUUUUUACUCUUUCUCCACUGAACUAGGUUUGAAGCGUGUCAAGAGUUUCGCUGCGGGAGAAAAAUAAAAUGUACAGCUCCCAUUUCGCCCCACAUUAUUACAUUUUUGAAUAUUGUUCAAAAUUCUUCUACAUUCGUUCUUCUCUCUGUACAAACCCAUUCAUCUCUGACAAAUUUCCCCAAAUUUUUGGUACAUAUACAUACAUUUAUCACGACCUCAGCGCCCUUAGCUGCGUGCUGUCUGUCCCGCAACGGACACAAAUUCUGUCAUAUAAAGCUAACAUAUUUUAUCGAUUUCGAAUCGUAUAUAUAUCAGUUGGGCACAUAUUGUACUGUACGCCUGUCCCUUAGCGUCUGCGCCUAUGUAUAGUAUCACGCUAUGAUUAGUAUCUUUUUUUUCUAAUUGAAUGCGCUGGAUGCACCAUUGGCUUGCUUAUGUAGAUGCCAGAUUUCUGGCUAGGAUUUUCAUUGGCGGAUUGACUGGAAAUACCCCAUGAUCUUGCCAUAGAUGCAAAUGGAGAAGAUGUGAAAAACCGUCUAAUUCCGAGUCUGUCUUUCAUGCUCUCUAUACAAAACGUAGCUUACAAUUUUAUAUUCAAAUAUGUACUCCACCAUGCCUGUCUUGGAUUUGUCAUUCCCCGCAGGAACAAAGUAGCACACCCGCCCGCCAGCAUAGCGAAGCAAAGCAGGGCAAAGCAAGGAAAGGAUCGCCCGAUCUAGGAGGGAAAAUAAACCACAGCAUCAAAAAAGAUAAAAGAAAAACCUAAAAUCAAAAGUAGCCCAUGCGGAAUCAAACCAAGCAAGAUAUGAAAGCCCAUCAUAAACACAUGCCAACAUAAAAAAUAAAAAUAAAACGAAAAAUAAAAAGAUAGGGUAGGAUGCAUAGAUACAACGUAAAAGAAAAAAUCAACAAAUCAAACGCCAUGAGAUUCUAAGAAUUAAUCAUCCCACUCUUCAUCCAGCUGAUCAAUCAACCUAUUUUCCUCCUCCACAUCUGCCCUCCUGCCCCUCCCACCGCCAUUAGUACCACCACCACCACGACCACCACUACCAUCACGCCAGCCC